AUGUCUGAACCUAUAGAAAACACUGGCAAUCCAUUGGAGAACGUCCCUGAGGUGCCUGCCGAAUCUCUAUCAACUGAUAUGGAAGUACAACCAACCCCUGAACAAACUCUUAACGAGACAAAUAAUGCAAAUCAAUCGGUAACUACUAUGGAAAAGGAGACCUCCAAUGAUAACCCUGAAAGUGAUCAUGAUAGUGAAACCGAAAAUCUAUAUAAUGAUGGUGCAGAUGCAGCAAAAGAAGAAAAGAAUGAAAAUAUCCCAGAAAGCAAUGAAAUUACAAAAGAAAUUGAUGAAGAAACUGAAAAUGCUAAUAAAGAUAGCAACAAUGGGGCUACUGCUGAUAAUGACGAAGACAACGACGACGACGAUGACGAUGAUGACGACGAUGAGGAUUCGGAGUCUAGUGAAAGUGAAGAAUCUUCAUCAGAUGAAAGCGAGACCUCAAAGGUUGAAAAUGAAGAAGAAGAGAAAACUGGUACAAAUCAGGAACCAGAGUCUGCAGAAUCUAAAGAAGUUUCUACCGCAGAGACCUCAACCUCUGAAAAAACAGAUACAUCUCUCUUAGAGAGACAAAUGGAGUACAUGAAAGAGAGUCGUUUGUUAGAUGAUGAGAAUUUCAAACAGUUACCAGAUCAAGGAAAGGCUUUUACAAUUUUGAAAUUGUUAAGUACUAAUCCUGCUACAAAGAUUCCAAAUAGUGACUCUAUUCUGAACAUAUCUUCAAUUAGUAUCCCACAAGCUCCGACUGGAACUGGUCCAAUGCAAUCCAACUUUCAACCUCAACGAGACAAUGUUGCAUUAGGUAGAACUGAUUUGAAUGAACCUAUGAAUGCUAAGGAACGUGAACUUUACAAUAUUUACUUAGAAGGUGAAAACAAGAUUACUGAAAUGCAUAAUAUCCCACCUAAAUCAAGAUUAUUUAUUGGUAACUUACCAUUAAAGAAUGUUACCAAAGAGGAUCUAUUUAGAAUUUUCCAUCCUUAUGGACACAUUCUUCAAAUUAACAUCAAGAAUGCAUUCGGUUUCAUUCAGUAUGACAACCAUCAAAGUGUGGUGGAUGCAAUCAAGGUUGAAUCGGAACAAAUCAAUUUUGGAAAGAAACUGAUCCUUGAAGUUUCAAGCUCCAACGCACGUCCUCAAUUUGAUCAUGGUGACCACGGUGCAAACAAUAGUUCCACUUUCAUAUCCACAUCAAAGAGACCUUUCGAUAAUGACGAAUAUGGAUCUACCGAUAACUAUAGAGAAAAUGCUAGUAACUCAAAGAGAACCAAACGUAGAGUCCCAGAGUGUUUGAUCUUUGUUAGAAGAACUGCAGACAGAUCGUAUGCAACCGAAAUCUUUAAUAGUAUUAAAAAUGGUACUGGCUUAGAAACUGAUAUGAUGUUCUUAAAGCCACGCAUGGAGCUAUGGAAAUUAGUUAAUGAUGCUGCUUUUGAUGGUACUUGGGGUGUAAUUUUAGUUAAUAAAACGCACGACGUCGAUAUUCAAACAUUUUAUAAAGGACCACAAGGGGAAACUAAAUUCGACGAAUAUGUCGGUGUUUCAGCUCAAGAUGCCGUUGGGAUAUUCAACAACCUAAAGACUUCAAGAAAGAAUGGUAGCAGAAUGCAAGGCCCAAUUAACAGUAGUUCAUUUGGUUAUGAACAACCUCCAAUGGGCAUGCCACCUGCUCAACAACAACAAGGGUACUAUGGUAACUAUAACAUGCCACCUCCACAACAAGGAUAUGGCAUGCCACCACCUCCUCAAAAUUAUGGUAUGCCUCCUCCACAACAAGGAUAUGGUAUACCUCCUCCUCCCCAAAUGGGUCAAGGUUAUGGUCGUUACCAAAACAAUCAAAAUUACAACAACUACCAAAACAUGCCUCCUCCUCCCCAAAACCACCCACUUCCAAUGCAACAGAACAAUCAAUUAUCAGCUCUAUUGGGUGCUAACCCAGGUCAAAUGGAUCAACAACAGCUACUUGGUGCUUUGCAAAAUUUACCUCCGAAUGUUAUUGCGAAUUUAUUGGCAACUGCUCAACAACAACAGCAACAACAACCGAAUCAACAACAACAAUUGCUUGGAUUGCUACAAUCUGCACAACAGCAACAGCAACAACCAUCGAGAUAUAGUCAGAAUACUGGAAUUCAAAAUCAACAGAUGGGUACUAACGACUAUAAUCAAGACCGCCAUUCUAAUAUGAAUUCAAGACAAGAUAAUCCGCAUCAACAGCCUCCGCAGGACCCAAACGCAGGUGGUAACAAUGUUCAAAACUUAUUGGAUAGUUUGGCCAAGUUACAAAAAUAA